CCUAAGUGCUGGAUGUUUGAGCUGUGUCAUUUUGCAUGACAGUUACUAAUGCCUGCAGGUGAAGAUAGCAACAGACGUAAAAAUAAAGCUAGUAUUCAAUCGAAGACCAAUGCAGAUGAUGAUAGACCUUCGGGGCAUCGGCGCACGAGCGAGCACGAUACCGCCCACGCUUCGCAACAUGUGAGGCGCGAGCGUCACCAACACUUGGCCGCUGACAGGAGUGCGCCUUCCGGAACCGAUAAAGCACUGAGAACUGCCUCUCGAAAACAGAGCAAAGCUAAUGGUGAUGAAGACAACGGGGACCACAGUGAUAAGAUUGAACUUCAAACUGCACACGUAAAGGAAACUGAGAAGAAAACUAAUAGCUUUUAUUAUAGUUUCUUCGAGGACGACGAUGAUGAUGAUGAUGAUGAUGAUGAAGAUGAUGAGGAAUAUGACGACAGUGAUGAUGACAGUUUCUUUGCUCGCAUAAAACGAAUGUUCACAGGCGAUCGCUGUUUCUACAUUGGAUUGGGGGCGAAACCGGCCGUCCCAAAAAUGACUUACGAACCAUACCAGUGCUGUCCCACUAAAGUUCAGAGCCCGACUAAAGUAGCCAAGGCCACGCCGACCAAGGUGCCACCCAAGAAACUGGAGAAACAAGAAAAGGGAAAACCCAAACAGCAGGAAAAGGAAAAAGAAAAGCCGUCUAAAGGGAAAAAUAAGGCACUCGCCAAGCCCGACAAACCUUCUAAAGGGAAAAAAGGUGUAGUGGAAGAGGACAAUAUUUGGUGGUGGUAGAGACAGAGCUAUCAUGGAUGUUGUAAUUGAGUUCGAUGAAACCCAAGAUGCUAGAGAUAAGGAAAAAUUGCCUUUAAAAUCAAAAUGACAUCAGGAUUGUGUUACUUCACUGAAUUUAAAAUCGACAAUAGUCACGCUUACUGCGACCUCUCUUACAACAUCCAUACUAGAGCUACAGUCACGUCAGUGGAAGAAUGGGCUGUGCACGCGAGGCAUCAAGUGGACACGAAUGUUAUCUUAAUCCUAGUUUGUGUCCCCUCUCAACCUUUUCACCGCUCUAUAGAAAUUAGUUCAUUCUAACUUUGCAUCGAAAAAUUGUUGUUGUAAUAACAUAACUAGCUUCUCGAAUAACCUCGUGUCCCUUGAACCCCUGCGAGCACCCAGCAGGGUUGUCGUUACACUGCAGAGGGACUGUUUCAACAAUGGCUUCUGCCGGCUAUAUUGUGUAGAUGCACUCCGAAUUAAAUUUGUCGAAAAAUCGUCUUAAAUACCAAUAACAUUUGAUCGAGUGAAGGCUCAAUAUUGGAAUAGUGAUUUUAGGAUCUGCUGUACAAAUCGUUAAUUGAUUGUAAAUUGAUUCCAAUAUUUAGAAUUUUAAUAUCGAACGAUGCAAAACCCAAACCUGUGGGCAUUUUAUCUUGUAUUUUGCCGUGUCAUCUUGAAAGACUUAUGAUUGUUGUAAGGAUUUCAUGUUCAUAUAGUUUUCUAGUCUUCAUUGAAUUUCAUUAUUGUAAUUAUUAUCUUAACGUUUAAAUGGAGUCUUCAAAGAGAAAACGGUUUAAUUUCAGGCAAAAUAGAUUAAGAAUUUUUGAAAAGCUCAGAGCCGUAUUUCAGAAUUAUUAUGAAUUACUUGAGUAACAAUUAAUUACCAUUUUUAUUUUUUAUAAUUAAUUAUAAUUUUUAAAUGCUGCACACGAUCACAAAAGCGGUUCGUUUCCAUGUUACCGUGUUGCUUUAGACUCGUUUGUUUUUUUUCCUUCCUAAGCUGAUAGCCUUGAGAGGCUAUGUCAGCGUAACCUUAACGUGUAGGUGAGCUCUCGGGGCUCAAAACCAGG